AAAUUAUAUUGUCACUCUUUUGACUUCUUUCAACAACUUAAAUUCAAUGGUGAACUAAAGUUUAUAUUAUUUUAUUUUGUGAUUCCCUUCAGGUUCUAAAUUAAAUUUGUUGUUAAAUAAACGGCGGAAAUUGUUACAUUAAACAGUUUUAAAAGUUAACAAAAAGGUAUAAAAGAGAGAUUGAAAUAUCCAUUUUAAUGAAGAUCGGAUAGUUUUACAAUUCGUUAUGUGUGAUGAAAACAUACCAAGAACAUGCAAACAGCGUUUUAAAGGAAUAGAAAACUUUUUACGGAGAGUUGCUUUUAAUUUAGGAAACACCGCAUCACAGACUGAAGUCAAAAUUAUCUCAUGCAUUCCUAUUGAUGUAACUGAUCUUCAGCAAAAGAUAAUAAAUUUAGAAAGAGAAUUACAUGAAGCUAAAGAUGCUAGAGUAAACAAUGACCAGAACGUUCCUAACAUACCUGGAAAGUCAACUGGUGUUUUCAGUACAAAUGUAGUGGAGACAUCAAUAAGUGCAAGUUAUACUGGCACUAAAUCAAAAGAAUAUUCUUCAUUUGGCAAUAAUUGUGCAUUAAACGAAAAGCCAUCAAAUCUAUCUUUCGCUCUUUCGUCUCUCUCACUAGAAGCACACAAGGAAGGCUCAGAACAUUUUCAGACACGUGAUAAAAGAAAAAAAGAUUCAAAAUCUGGAGAGAAAAGCAAAAGUAUAUUUAGAGGACGCAAAAAGAAGAGUAACAAAGAGGAAAGUAGACAAAAUACUCAAUUAGUUUACUUCGCUGAAACUCAUCACAUACCCUUUAUGGACAUGCAUUCAACCUACAAUCAGAAUAAAAAUAAAUUUACAGAGAGAAGAGAUAUUGUGAGCGAGCAUUUAUCAAAUAUUCUGAGAAAACAGUAUGAUCCCAAAUUUGGAAUUGAAGAAUUCUCAGACACUAGCGAUUUUUCUAGACCUAUCUGUAAAGAUAUAACAAAUCCCCUAAGGUACGAUUCGGAUAUUUGUUCUUGCUGCCACGGGCGUUUCCAAAACAUCGAUCAUUUUAUGGGGAAAGGCUUCAAUUUUAUGGUUGAUUCAGGCCAGUCACAGGUUUGUGACUUCAGAAAUAGUAAUCAGACUUACUACGACUCUGAUUUAUACGAUAUUGUACCAGUUAAGGAAAUAUCUGGAAAUACAAAACAAGGCUUUAAUCGUUGGCCAGAAACUAUACGUCCAAAACAUCGAGUUAAUCCCGUAACACUUAGCUAUCGAGCCGAAAUACCGGCUAGGCAUCGGUAUUAUAAGCAACCGCCAAUAAAAGCAGGAAACCCCCGUUCUUUUAUGUCUAAACCAAGGAGAUAUAAACCUCUCAACAUCGAUAAUAAAAUAAAAGAGGAAAGUUCAAAUACUUGUUCCAUCGAAUGUGGUGAUGUUUACACUAAACCAACUGUGCCAACAAGAAUAACAACAGACCAUAAUCUCACAAUGUCACAGGAAAAGGAGAAUAACACAGUGCAAAUAAAAACAGCUGAAAGCCAAACAAAAAGAUGUAAAAGCAUCCAACUUGAAGUUAAUUUAUUAAACGAUAACAAUACUGAAAUGAUGUUAGAACAAAUAAAGAAUAUAUUGCAAUCAGUAUUAACCGAAGUGAAAACGAACUCUCAACUGAUCAAAGAGAAGCCGAAAAAAGAUGCAAUUGUUCAGAAAGGAUCGUCACAAAAUCAUAUGCCAGGAUGUUCAACGCUUCUGCAUAGUUUAACAUACAACGGAUCACACAACGCUAAUUCAUAUUAUACGCCCUAUUCCCCACACAUACCACCUAACCCAUUAUGCUAUGCAAGUAUUCCUUAUCAACCAGUUAAAUGUAUGCAGAACCUUCAGUAUCUACUACAUCCCUGCCACAGGCACGAAAUGAAUUCUUGCUACUAUACAAAUAAGAGCGUUCACUCUCAUCACAACAAACCAGUUAACAUUGCAAUAAACACAGAAGGUGGUCUAACUUCUGUGAAUACACCAAGUAAAGAAACCAAUAACUUAAUAAAAGAUAUUUACAAAUCUAUUGCUCUCAGUAUGGAUUAUUCUACAAAAGCGAGUUCUAGGAGUGAAUAUAACAAUUUUAAAUCUUCUGAAAAUAAUUCGUCCGAAAAAUUCACACAUACUCAAUCAACGAUGAGAAGUGAAGCAGAUGUUAUAAGAAGUGACAAAGAUGCAGCAGUAUAUUUAUCUUCAGAUAUUGGUAGACCCUUGCGUACAAAAUUACAAUAUGCAGAAACUAGUGCACAAUCAGAAGAUAAAAGCGAGACGAAAGAAACCAACACGAAAGAUAUGAAAAGGGGCAGAUCAACAUUGACAUCAAACAGAGAAGCAUUCAAACUUUAUAGGCCUGACGAAAGAAAUCGCCAACAACUGAAUGAAUAUUCUGAAGAUAGAACGGAAAUUUUGAGUGACGGUGAAGAGAGCGAUAAAACUGUUGUUCCGAAUGCGCAAGACAAUAUGGUGAAUAAGGAGAAAAAAGGUCUUCUUCAACGCUUUAUCAGAGGAGUUAAACGGUUAAAACGACGUAAACCGCGACGAAGUGACCUUGAGGAAGAAGAUGCUGAACCGUCUGAAGAAAGCGGAACUGAAGACUAUGAGACUAUAUACAGUGAAAGCGUCAAUCAGUCACAAUAUCGGGUCUCCACACCUGUUAGGCCAGCAUAUGCUAAAAAGUCAGCGCCUAUCAAUAUACAAGUGAAUGGAAAAAGAAUAAGUAGGUCUCCUUACAUGGAGCAAGAAGAGAAACGGGAGUGGAACGAAAGGUUCCAAGAAAAGUAUUAUCCGGGAAGCCCUGGCCCCAGCCGCUCGGUCAGAAUGCCGCGACGCAACACCCCGUAUCGUAAGAACUACGAAGUACGCAGUGUCAUAGUCGAUGACAGAACAGAUUCGGAAAGUGAAAUAUUAAAUUACGACUAUCAAGAUCAUAACAAGCAGAUUAGCACAAGAGAAAAAAUGGGUUUUCUAAAGAAACACAAAUUAGGGUUGAAUUGCCGGUGCGGUGAACGAUUUAAAAACUUAAUUUUAGAUAACUAAUUGUGCUGGAAUAUCUUCUAAAUAUCUUCCUUCGUCAAUAGUGCAUGUCCUUAAAUUUGUGUUCGUAAAUGUGGGGUAAAUUUCAGUGUUUAUUAGUUUAAAAUAAAAUUAUCGUGGUUUGAAC